AUGAAAUUGGAAAGUCGUCGUCAAACUUCUGCUUCAGACUCGAUAUUCUCGCCACUUCCAUAUGAUGGCACGAAAACGGCUGCUCGCGGUCUCUCGUUGCAGUUGAAAAGUGAACAUCUGGAUGAUGCACUUGAUCUACAAGUAGUGAAGAAUCUAUUCUUCAUCGGCAAAUGUUUUGCCGCUAUUCCCCUGGAAGCCAACGAGGCUGCAGAGACUGAAGAGGAUGACGAGGCGACUUCCGAUCAGCAAUCGAAUGGGAAUCCAUUACUAUCGUACCAAAUGCGAUCUGCGAUCAUUGCGAGGGAACAAGGCAUCGAUGCCACCGAGCCCAAGGAUGUCUCUGUCGAAUUGCGGGACCUUGUCCAAUCCAAAGUUGGUGCUACCAAGUUCUCAGGCGUCUAUAAUCAGAUAAGACAAGGAGUUCUGUAUGUUCAAAAGGAAAGGAAAGAAGCCAAAAUCCUUCCCCUGGCAAGCUGUGGCGAGUCGCAAAGUGCACCGGAACGCGGUGAAAAAGGAUGGCCGCAAGAGAAAGUCCAGAUGUUCAGCGACGGGAAAGGAAAGCUCAAAAGGAGAAGAGAAGCUUGA